GCAUAUACAUUCUUUUUUGGUGCCCAGUCGCCUCACAUUCAUUCAAUCCAAAUUCUGUACAUUCAUUCAUCCAGCUAGUUCUGGUAGAUUUUGCUCCAUCCAUCUCCAUCGAUUCAUAUCCCCAAACUCAAAUCCUCUCCCAACCAAGAAAAUUUUAUCUCGACGAUAAACCAAAUCCUCCUUUUCAAAAUGCAAUACACAUCCACCAUCCUCAUGGCCGCUGGCCUCAUCACCUCCGUCUCCGCCCACGGUAGUAUCCUUACCCCAAAACCCCGUAUUCCCGGUGCCGCCAUGGCAGCCGCAUGCGGUCAACAAGUCGAGGUAAAUCAAGCUUCCGACCACAACGGAAACAUCCAAGGCAUGCUCCAAGUUGCCGCCAGUCAAAGCGACUACGAUGCCGCUGCAUGCAACAUCUGGCAAUGCAAGGGUUACAAAUAUGCCGACAACACUGAUCUCGUGCAAAGCUGGACUGCAGGCCAAGUCGUUCCUUUCACAUUCAAUGUUGCGGCUCCUCACACCGGUACCGCCAACGUGUCGAUUAUCGACACUGCCGCCAACACUGUCAUCAAACAAUUGCUCUACUAUGAUGUUUUCGCAAGCGUCUCCACCGGUGUCACAUCCAACGAAACCAGCUUCAGCAUCACCAUUCCCGAUGAUCUCCCAAGCACCUGUGCUACCCCUGGUGGAUGCGUGGUGCAACAUUGGUGGGACGCUGCUUCCAUCGACCAAACCUACGAGUCGUGCGUCGAUUUCACCGUCGGUUCCGCAUCCGGUUCCGGAUCUGCUUCUUCCGCAGUCGCUUCUUCAGCCGUCGCAUCAUCCACUGUUGCUGCUUCUUCCGCUGUUGUCGCUUCAUCCUCUUCCAUCGCAGUCGUAGCAUCCAGCUCUGCGGUCGCUUCAUCCGUUAGCUCCGUUGCUGCCAUUGCUACCUCGGCCGCUGUUUCUAGCGCCGCCCAAACUACCACUUUUGCCGCUCUCCCAACUACUCUGGCCACUGUUACCAAGGCAAGCAGCACUUCCAGCGCCGCUGCCGUGGCUACUUCUGCUGCUCCAGAGGAGGAUGACGAUACUUGUGAUGCUUAAGUAUUCGAGUAGAGUAGUAGAUAUGUUUUUGUAUAUUUAGGAUGAGGAAAUAGAGGUCGAUAGAUGGAAAAAGAGGUUAAAUUUUUUUCUUGUAUAUAGAUAGAUGUUUGAGGAAUGAAAGAUGUUUUUCA